AAUCAGAAGGAAGCGAGGAGAGCUUCGGCCGGAAGUGCUGUUUGCAAACAGGAAACAGUGUGGCGGAGUUCCCGGGGUACGGCUCGCGAGCGCUAUGGAGGCCUACGAGCAGGUCCAGAAGGGGCCUCUGAAGCUGAAAGGCGUGGCGGAGCUCGGCGUGACGAAGCGGAAGAAGAAGAAGAAAGACAAAGACAAGGCCAAGAUGCUGGAGGCCAUGGGGACGAGCAAGAAGAGCGAAGAGGAGAAGAGGCGCUGCCUGGACAAGCGCACGCCGGCGCAGGCAGCAUUCGAAAAGAUGCAGGAGAAGCGGCAAAUGGAAAGAAUCCUGAAGAAGGCGUCAAAAACCCACAAACAGAGAGUGGAGGACUUCAACCGACACCUGGACACACUCACGGAGCACUAUGACAUUCCUAAAGUCAGCUGGACCAAGUAACCUGCCCUGGUGCCAAAGGCAGCAGGCCUGGCAGAGUGUUGCUUCCCCCUGUGGUUCCUGGUAUCUUUUCCACUGGCUGGGGCAUCUGCUGAGACCAGGCUUCCUGAGACUCGAUUAAAGGCAGGCUGUCCUCUCACUGGUUUUGGUUUUCGGUAGUUCCCUUUCCUGUUUGGACAGCAACACUGUCGAUUGACAUGCUGAGGUCAUUUCUGGGUGAAGGUCACAGAAGGAUGGUCGUCUUCCCAGCCCCCAUUGCAGCAUCUAUCUUCGCUUAUACCACAGUGCUAGGACAGGAAGCUCCUGCCUGUGGACCACUGUGGGAACAGAAGUUACCACAGUGCUGCUCUAUUUUGGGCCACCUGGACAUCAGAUUGCAUCUGCAACACCACUUGAAGCAAGGGCGGGACACAGGACACAGGUCUCCAGCACAUAGCCUGUCCCACAGUCCACCCAGUGGACAGCCAUGGCAGAUGUUGCUAAUUUCAGUUUUCAAUGAUAGCACCUGGGUUUCUAAGCAUGUGGCAUGUGGCAUAAGCCUGGUUGGCAUUCCUAGUCUAAGGACACCAAAUGCCAGAUGUGGCCAGGGCACAGUGCCUGCAGACAAGGUAUCGUGGUGCAGAUGCUGCAGAGCUGUGGUGUCUGAGGUCUAGGUGGACCACCUGAAGAGUUUCUGCAUACACUGUUGAGAGAUGCAGCUUCUUUUGCCAUGGAUACUGAAAGAAUGACAAAUGGGUGGAGCUGACAUGUUUGGAAUAAAGUGAAUACCAGUCAUGGAGUGUGAAUGUUGUCUGUACUGGCUGUUCACAGUAGGGACACCUUUCCAUUCUACCUGUCCCCCUGAAGAAUGAAGAACACACAGUGAAAAACCAGUUCGGUGUGGGAAAAAUUAAAUGCCUUUGUAUUCUGAA